AAGCGGUACAAAUUAGUUAGCUUUGCAAACUUUAGUUGGGAAGCAAGCUGUCUUAUUCAAGUUGGACAUUUUUUUUUUUUUUUUUUUUUGCUUUUAAUUCGUAAAGGGGUCUAUCCCGAGGCGGAAGGGCGGAUGCUGCAGUCUGUUUGUAGCUCGACACUUCGGGGAGGGAGGUCGGAGGAGGAGGACUCCGUCGGGAAGCUCGUCGUGCACCGCCGCUAGUAGGCAGAUCUCCUCCGCGGAUCCCUCUCGGUUGUCGUACUCGUUUGGUAAUAACGGUGUCACCUCUCAGGGAUGAACCCACCUCGGCUCCACGCCCAUGUGGAUCUAAAUUAGCCUGGAAAUAUGAACAGAAGAAGAGAAUAAACGGCGGCUGGCUUCCUGCGGGAUUUUGCCCAAGCUUUUAUUUUUUUUGUUGUUUUUUUUUUUUGUUGUUGUUUUUAACCCCCUCCACAGUGGACAUGCCUGAUCUAUGGAGCAAGGCUGCGAGAAGCUAGCUGGCCGAGAGUCCGGCUAGCGCAACAUUUGCAGGGCUUUUGGAUGAUUGUUUGAUUUAUUUUGGAUCCGCGCUGCUUUCCCUGUCUGGGUGAGGAGUCAGCAUGGGGGAGCCCAGCCUGGACGACUCCAAUGUCAAGGUGGCUGUUCGUGUACGGCCUAUGAACAGGAGAGAAAAGGAACUAAACACUAAGUGUGUUGUGGAAAUGAUGAAGAACCAGACGAUCCUCCAUCCUGGGGGAGCCAACCUUGGAAAAGCAGACUCCAGGAGUCAGUCCAAGGUCUUUGCUUAUGAUUACUGUUUCUGGUCCAUGGAUGAGACGGAUAAGGAAAAAUUUGCAGGUCAGGAGGUGGUGUUCCAGUGCCUUGGGGAGAGUCUCCUCCACAACGCCUUUCAGGGCUACAAUGCCUGUAUCUUUGCCUAUGGACAAACUGGUUCAGGAAAGUCGUACACCAUGAUGGGUUCAGGGGACCAGCCGGGGCUGAUUCCUCGCCUGUGCAGCGCUUUGUUUGACCGAACCCAGAAGGAGCAGCGGGAGGAGGAGAGCUUCACUGUUGAGGUUUCCUACAUGGAGAUCUACAACGAGAAGGUCCGAGAUCUGCUCGACCCCAAAGGUGGAAAACAGACUCUGAAGGUGAGGGAACAUAAAGUUUUGGGUCCUUAUGUGGAUGGCCUGUCUCGACUAGCCGUGGCCAGCUACAAGGAUAUCGAGUCUCUGAUGUCGGAGGGGAACAAGUCUCGCACCGUCGCUGCUACCAACAUGAACGAGGAAAGCAGUCGAUCUCACGCCGUCUUUAACAUCAUCCUCACGCACACGCUGAAAGACUUGAAAUCUGGGACGAGUGGGGAGAAAGUCAGCCGCUUGAGUCUGGUAGACUUAGCUGGGAGUGAGCGAGCAGCAAAAACUGGAGCAGCGGGGGAGAGGCUGAAAGAAGGAAGCAACAUCAACAAAUCUCUCACUACACUGGGUCUGGUGAUCUCUGCACUGGCUGAACAGGGAACCACCAAGAACAAAACCAAGUUUGUUCCUUACAGAGACUCUGUUCUGACAUGGCUGCUGAAGGACUGCCUGGGGGGCAACAGUCGCACGGCUAUGGUUGCGACUGUGAGUCCGGCGGCAGACAACUACGAGGAGACGCUAUCGACGCUGCGCUACGCUGACCGAGCGAAGAACAUCGUUAACCACGCUGUUGUCAAUGAAGACCCCAACGCUCGCAUAAUCAGGGAGCUCCGGGAGGAGGUGGAGAAACUGCGAGUGCAGCUGAACCAGGCAGAGUCUUUGAAAGCGCCGGAGCUGAAAGAUCGCCUGCAGGAGUCUGAAAAGUUGAUUCAAGAGAUGACCAUCACCUGGGAGGAGAAGCUUCGCAAAACUGAGGAAAUUGCACAGGAGCGUCAGAAGCAGUUGGAGAGUCUGGGUAUUUCUCUCCAGUCUUCAGGGAUAAAAGUUGGAGAUGAUAAGAGUUUCCUUGUCAACCUUAAUGCUGAUCCUGCCCUCAAUGAACUGCUUGUGUACUACCUGAAGGAACACACAAAAGUGGGCUCAGCAGAUUCCCAAGACAUCCAGCUGUGUGGGAUGGGUAUCCAGGCAGAACACUGUGUCAUUGACAUUACAGCAGAGUGCGCUGUCGUCCUCACCCCCUACCGCAACGCUCGGACGUGCGUUAAUGGUUCUCCAAUAGCCAACGCUCUCCAGCUUCACCAUGGCGACCGAAUCCUUUGGGGAAACAACCACUUUUUUAGGAUCAACCUCCCUAAGCGGCGCUCUCGUGGAGCCGAUGAUGAGGAGGGUGAAGGCGGUGUGAUGAAGAACAGUGGCAGCAGUGAGCAGCUGGACGCAGACGGUGACACAGCCAGCGAAGUGUCCAGUGAAGUCAGCUUCUCUUAUGAGUUUGCCCAGACAGAGGUCAUGAUGAAAGCCCUGGGCAGCAAUGACCCAAUGCAGGCCGUCCUCCAGUCUCUGGAGAGGCAGCAUGAGGAGGAGAAACGCUCUGCUCUGGAGCGACAGAGGCAGAUGUACGAGCAGGAGCUCCAGCAGCUCCGUAAGAAGCUCAACCCAGACCGCUUGUCCACCGGUCAGUCCGGAGGGCCGACGUCUGGCCAGCAGGUUUCAGAAAAGCAGUCACACUACCGCAGCCUGGAGAGACUCAGCGUGGGAGGGAUGAGCCAUUCAACCAGCGCUCAGAGCAGGCUGAGGCAGUGGAACGAGGACAGGGAGGCGGUGUUGGUGAGGAGCCUGCGGAGGUUGAGGGAACAAAUAGUGAGAGCAAACCUCCUGGUGCAAGAAGCGUGUUUCAUCUCUGAGGAGCUGGAACGACACACCGAGUACAGAGUCACCCUCCAGAUCCCGUCGGACAACCUCAACGCGAACCGCAAGAGGGAUGCGGUGCUCAGUGAACCAGCGAUCCAGGUUCGACGGCGGUGUCGAGGAAAACAGAUCUGGAGUUUGGAGAAGAUGGAGAACCGUCUGGUCGACAUGAGAGAGUUGUACCAGGAGUGGCAGGAAUACCACCUCCAUCAUCAAGACGACCCGGUCAUGCGCUCAUAUUUCCGUAGAGCAGACCCCUUCUUUGAUGAGCAAGAAAACCACAGUUUGAUCGGCGUCGCCAACGUCUUCCUCUCCUGCCUCUUCUACGACGUCAAGCUGCAGUACGCCGUGCCCAUCAUCAACCAGAAGGGAGAGGUUGCAGGGCGCCUGCAUGUGGAGGUGGUGAGGGUUGGAGGAGGCUUAGAGGACAACAUGGCUGGGGGAGACGAACCGGACGGCAACCAAGAAUCUGAAGUGCAGGAUCGCAAACUGGUCUGCAUGCUUAAGAUCCUGCAGGCCACCGGUCUUCCUCAGUACUUGUCCAACUUCGUCUUCUGUCAGUACUCGUUCUGGGACCAGUCUGAGCCCAUCAUCGUGGCCCCUGAAGUCGACCCGUCGUCCUCGUCACCCAGCACCAAGGACCCACACUGCAUGGUGGUGUUUGACAGCUGCAAGGAGAUGGCCGUGUCUGUAACUGAGGAUUUCAUUGAGUACCUCACCGAAGGGGCGGUUGCCAUUGAGGUGUAUGGACACAGGCAGGCUGAUGCUGGAAGAAACCCUGCCCUGUGGGACCUCAGCAUCAUCCAAGCCAAGACGCGCACGCUGCGAGAUAGGUGGAGCGAGGUAACGCGUCGCCUGGAGCUGUGGAUUCAAAUCUUGGAGAUAAACGAGAACGGAGACUUUGUCCCGGUGGAGGUCGUUCCUGCUAGAGAUGUGCGGACCGGGGGAAUAUUCCAGCUUCGACAGGGUCAGUCACGGCGAAUCCAGGUAGAUGUUCGUUCGGUUCAGGACUCGGGCACUAUGCCUCUCAUAGCAGAGAUCGUGCUUGCGGUGUCGGUGGGCUGUGUGGAGAUCAGAAACACAACCGCAAAUCAGGAAGGAGAUGAGAUGGACAGCUAUCAGGAAAGAGACCUGGAACGGUUGCGGCGACAGUGGUUAGCUGCUCUCACCAAGAGACAGGAAUACCUCGACCAACACCUGCAAAGUCUGGUUAGCAAAGCAGAAAAGACAGAGGAUGACAUGGAGAGGGAGGCCCAGCUGCUCGAGUGGCGUCUGACUCUGACAGAGGAGAGAAAUGCCGUCAUGGUGCCCUCUGCUGGCAGCGGCAUCCCCGGAGCACCCGCUGAAUGGGUUCCUCUGCCAGGCAUGGAGACGCACAUUCCUGUCCUCUUCCUGAACCUCAAACCUGACGACCUCAGCUCUCCGGACCAGUUUGAGGUUCCAGAGGCCGGAGGUUGGGAUGCCACCUUGAGUGGAGAGGAUGAGGACGACUUCUUUGACCUGCAGAUCGUGAAACACUAUGACGGAGAGGUGAAAGCGGAGGCAUCGUGGGACUCCACUGUCCACGAGUGUCCUCAGCUCAGUCGCGGGGGAGCGUGGCCGGAGCAUCGAGUCUAUCUGACGGUCCGAGUGGUGGUUCAGCUCAGCCACCCCGCUGACAUGCAGCUGGUGUUGAGAAAGAGAAUCUGCGUCAAUGUUAACCCGGGCCGCCAGGGUUUCGCCCAUAACUUUCUCAGAAGGAUGUCAACCCGCAGCACGAUACCGGGCUGUGGACUCACCUUUGAGGUGGUCUCAAAUAUUCCUGGGGACGCUCCCGGUUCAGAGGACAGGGAGAUGUUGGCCCGUCUGGCCGCUAGUCAGUCGUCUGAGGAUGAGGCCGCUAUCGAGAAAUACCUCCGCAGUGUCCUGAGCCUGGAGAACAUCUUGACUCUGGAUAGACUCAGACAGGAGGUGGCAGUGAAGGAGCAGCUGACUGGCAGAGGAAAGAGUAACAGACGGAGUAUAAGCUCUCCUUCUGUCCACAGGCUUUCUGGAAGUAGACAAGACCUGUCCACGACCUGUCUGGAUGAUAAGGGGCGAUGGGAGAGUCAGCAGGAUAUCUUCAUGCCAUCUCAGUUCCAACGCACUCUCCCCCGUCCGGCCUCGUCCCCUUCCACCUACUCCACCUCCCCCUCUUCAUCCCCGAGUCCCUUCGCCAUGAGUCCCCCACAGAACCAGGAACCAGAACAAGUUAAGGCGCUGGUUCCUCAGAUGCCGAAACUGCUCAAGUCUCUGUUUCCAGCUCGGGAUGAAAAGAAGGAGCUGAGACCUUCGCCGCACAACCAGCAGCAUGUGCCACGCAUCAUGACAUCAUCAGGCGGGGACGACAACAAAGCCAAGCCUGAGACGACCUCUAUGGCGCGGCCCCCCUCCAAAGACAGACGGGCAGAGUUCCCAGAGGUCCCUCCUCUUCCUGUGCAUGACCCGCAUGACACCACCCCUCUCAGCCCCCUCAGCCAGUCGUCGAGCGGCUACUUCUCCACUAGCGUUUCAACAGUUACCCUGUCCGACGUUCUCCAACCCUCCUCCUCGUCCUCCUCCCUCCUGGCUGCCGAGACCACGUUGCCCACAAACCCCCAGCAGCAGGGCGCUGACAGGAACGAUGUUGUGACCUCUCCUUCUCAGUGUGUCGCCAAGGUGGCCGCCGUCGCUCCGGCCGCCUCCCGCGGCUCGGCCAAUCACAACAACGCGGAACUCUCCUCUGAGCAGAGGCUGGGGAGCUCGGGGAGAGGAGGCGAAGGCUUUGAGAGGCUGGAGAUCUUGGUGGACGACGAGGAGCGCAGUCACGACGGCGCGCUGCCCGAAUGGCUGACUGAAGGGGCGUAUGUUACAGUGGGAAGCAAUAAGGCGGGGACGGUGCGUUACGUGGGAGUGACGCAGUUCGCCGAGGGAGUGUGGGUGGGGGUGGAGCUGGACACUCCUGUAGGUAAGAACGACGGCUCAGUCGGAGGUCAGCGGUAUUUCCACUGUAAACCGGGCUACGGGGUUCUGGUCCGCCCAGACCGGCUGUCCUGCCGCGACCGCGCCAGUCGUCGGACAGGAGACUCCGUCCCGCCCGCUCACGUCCCCGUCCUGCGAGGAGAAGCUAUUGUUGCACGGCGGGGGGAAAACCGCAAGUCCUGGAGCAGCUGAGACAGGAAAACUAGGAGCUGGAUGUGAGAGAUGAACUCCCCACAGUCCUCCUCCUCCUCCUCCUCCUCCUCCUCUCCUCCUCCUCCUCUUCCUCUCUUCCUCCUCUCCCAGCUAUGCAACAGGCUCACGCAUCCGAACGGACCUACUGCCUAACCACACGUAGUCGGAAGCUACACUCACCGCGAGCGUUCACAGGAAAUGGAUGGAAGCAGACUGAACGCAGUGGAGAAACUUUUCCAGAAAGAAUUUAAGUAAGUUGAUGUGAGACUAUGCAGAGCAUGUUAGAAGUCCGUGGAAGGAGUGCUCAUGUGGGAAGGUGAUACUAAGCAGGUAGCAGUCAGUGGGAAGACUGCUGGAAGCGAACGGAAGCCGACUUGGGAUCAUAUUUGGACCUGGGCGCGAGGAUUAGACGGUGCAGUGCUGGAUGGAUGGUUUGACCCGGAGGAGCUUUUUGAGACGUCAUACAGGGAUGCAAACGGCUCGUGAUUUAAUUGAGGAGGGGCACAUUUCAUUAACAUCGGCCGUCGUAGCCACUAAAAAUAUAGACAAACCUGAAUGAGGCAAUAGAUUACGCUAAAAAACACUAAAAAAGUGAAAUAACAAAAACCUCACCACUGUGAAUGCAGGAUUCUGCUGCAUUUUCACGCGUUUGCAUCCCUGCAUACGACGCCUCCGCCCCGGUCGGACCCGAGACUCGACGUCCCAGAAUUCCCUGCUACAGCUGCCACUCUCCUGUGCUCUGCAAGUCCGGUUUGCAGACUUAAACCUGGACUCACUGUUUGAGACACGUCUCUCCCUCCCGGACUCCUUUUUCUUUUGAAGACGGAUCCUCCCAGAAUGUGCCUUCGCUAUGGCUUUGGUUUGCAUUUGUUUUUUUGUUUUUGUUUUUUCUGUGUAAUUUAAUUUCUCUCAGCUGUGUUCGUGUUGAAGAGAAUGCCUUGUGCUAAGUGUGAGGUGAUCUCAGGGACUGCAGAGAGGGAGUGUCGCGGGGAGGGCGUCGGUGACGUGGUGGGGGCGUGCGUGUCUGUCUGUGUGCGUUUGUAAAUGUUGUACAGUGUCGUGCACAAGUAAGUUCGUGUCGUCGUGUUUCGUGCCGGUGUUAAAAGUUUAGACGCGCAGGACGGGAAGAGUCGGACGAAGCCACUAUGGGAGCGAGCUGCUCGUACCGAGAGGCUUUAAAAGUCGAUUUUGCACUGGAGAUGUCAGAGAAGAAGCUUCUGCAUGUGAACGGGACGUGUCUGUGGUGACGACGCAGCGAGUGUGGUUCAGAAUGAGCUCUGACGAAGGUGUCGCUUAAUGUCGUGGUGGAGACGGGGCGUGAGUACGUGUCGAGGAAAAGGAAGCGACUGGAUGUUUCAAGCUUGAGAAGAAGAGAAUUAAUUUGCCUCUAUGCAUUUUAUCUUUUUAACCUGGUUUAAAAAAAAUUUUAAAUACUGACGCAACUGGGAGAGUGAGCUACUAUUAGUUUUAGAAGCAGUUCAGACUGAACAUUCCUGCAAAAUACGAGAUGACGUGGGAGAUGUUUCUUUUUUUUUCUAACUUAUUUUUUUUCUUUUAUAUCAAACAUUCCACGUGCACUGUAACAUUUUAUCGUGACCUUGCGCGUUCACUUAUGGAAAGGAAUUCUCAGCACACAGCAGCAUUUUCGGUUACGACCCGCGUGCGUCCGUGAGGGAUUCAGGUGGCGCCCACAUGUGCUCGCUGUGGUUAAAGGGCCGCUUGGCUUCGAUGUUUUCCACAUGGAGUUCGGCCUGCGACGCCCUUUUGUAGCCUCUGACUCCUGGAGGAUGUCACCGGGGGUUACUGCUGUACAGAUCUGUAACAAAUGCCACGGUGGUGUCCGUCACGUGAGGAGAAACGCGCAAAAGUUGCAUUGUGGGAGAUGCGGGAGAGUUUGUAGCGUCUCGGCCGGUUUGGCUUGUUGUAAUCGCAACACUAAGGCCUCGUUCAGACUUUCCAAUAACAUCCAACCUGGGGAAUUCAAUCUCAAGUGUCCAGCUUAAAGUGCAGGUAUGAACACACCUGGGAGGCAUUGAGGUCUCAUUUGAGGGAUCUGAUCUCUGAUUGGAGGUGGUCUGAGACACACUGGACCUCAUUCCUUUGGUGGAAUAGCUCCUGGGUCACAUUAGCGGCCACCUACUCAGAGUUUUCCCUCAUUCAUUCAGAAAAAUAACCCAAAUGAUCUCUUAAAUAACAUAAGAGAGAUAAAUAAAUUAACAAAACACACACAACUAGUUGAGUUGUAGAGGUAGGAAGUUAUCAAUUAGAGGCUGCAGAUGUUAUAAUAUUCUGCUACAUUUAAAAAUGAUGCGCUUGUUUUGUCCAGGUUGGAUGUUAACGCGACGUCUGAACGAGGUUCAUGUCUCUGGAGAAUCCUGACUUUACGAUGAACGUUUCACAUCCCGAUCACAGCCGCCCUGAAUAUAUUGUCAUGUUGACAUGCGCUGAAACAGCUUUUUACCGGAUGUAACGACGUUCGGUUUAUUCACGUGGAACUGAACGGAGAAUCUCUCAUGAUGAUGAUGAUGAUGAUGAUGAUGAUGUAAUGAAGCCUGUAUAUUCACUGUACACUACCGUCUCUAUGGAUACGUGACGCCUUCCACUCAUCGUAUCGCGCGUCUCUUCAGUUUGAGGGCGUUAAAUCUACUAUUUAUAUUAAAAUGCUUGUACACAUGCCUUUAUCGCGUGGGAAAUCGUUAAAGCCUUUUUUUUCUCUUUAAUUUUAAAUAAUGUUGCACAAAUUAUUUUAUGAAAAUUGCUGCUAUUAGCAUUGUAAAUUUACCUGUAAAUGGAUCCGUUGAUUUAUCUAACGCGCUCUAUCUCUUCUCUCUUUUUUUUUUUUUUUUUUGAUGCCCAAGCAGACGAACUAAAGUUGGCACUUUUGUUUCCGUGGUCAAUAUUUUUUUUUUUUUUUUUUUUAAAUGAAGCAGUUAAAUUCCUACAAAUGAGGCACUUUGUCACGUGGGCCUUGAAGGAGAGAGGGUCGUCUUAUUUUCUGGGUUGUUUUCUGUAGAGAAACGAGUAAACUAUAAUGUUGCAAAUGGAAAUACGAGACCGGGCAGCAAUAUAUUAUCGUAGUCUAGUUUAUUAUCAGCGUAUUUAUUUUCUGGCCCCCGAACCCUGGAGCCCUCUGAUUGGCUGUUGUAGGUCGGCAGGCUGUGAAAUGAUCUGUAAGCUGGGCUCUGGUCCCGGUUAUAGUUUGGUCAUAUUUUUAAAAAAAAUAAAUGAAAAUAAAAUAAUAUUGUGGUUCAUAACAGUUACGUUGGUAAUGAAGGAAGGGAGAACAGUUCUUAUGUGUGUUUGUGUCUGUGCUUGUGUGUAUGUUUGGGAGGAUGUGUGUGUGUUGGGGGGAGGGGGGCGUCUUUACUAAGAUGGGAAACGAUCACAUGUUGUGGCCGUCGUGGACUUUCCCAUCCUGGUCUCGGCUCUGACCCGGUUCAAGUGGUUUUGAGAUCACUUCAGGCUUCUGGAUGCUCCUUUAUGUUAUUGUGCCUCAGAAACCAUGUGACCAUGUAUCUUCCACACACUGUUUUUCAUAUCAGUGCUUUGACUCAUUUGCACAAAAGUCUCCAGGGGGGAACUGGAGAGUUCAUUUCUGGAACACUUGUAUAUGUAAAAAAAAAAACAAAAUACAAAAAAAAAACAAAAAAAACACACAAGUAAAAUACGAACCUUUUUUUUUAUGAUUCAGUGUCCUUAGGUUACACGUUCCUCUCAUUUCAGUUCAAGUCUUUGAUGUUUUGAAGCAAUAUUCUCCAUUUACGUUCCUUCAUUCGCUGCUUCAAAGUAGAAAAUAACACAAACUGGUUAAAAAAAGGAACAAGCCAGGUGUUGGAUGAGGCGACAAAAACACAACAACGCACACCCUCCUACUCCACACGGGAUGAGUGCAUCAGGUCGAGCUAAGACGUGAUCUGUGGCAUUUUCUAUGACGAACUUUACAAAGGAGGUGGAGUAGCAGCAGCAGCAGUUUUAAUUUAAUGUCCGCCUCCAUCCUCCGUCGCCAUGGAGACGGUGGCUCAACUGACAGUGUUAUUUACCGAAACUCGAAAAGUCGUGAUCCGUUUGUGUUUAAGCGAUUUGGAUAUGAGCAUAUUGUACUGAUCUUCUGCGUGAGUCUUUUUUUUUGUUGUUGUUGUCUUAAGUGCUUUUAUUUCGCUCAGAGUGGAUCCCAUAUGUCAUAAGUGUGGGACGACUGGUCUGGAGCAACCCCUGCCUUAACGUGGCCUUCAACCUGGAACCUUUUUUUUUUUUUUUUAAGCAGCUCUCUACCUAAACAGGCUGAAUUAAGCAGGAAGCAUACGCAGCUGAUUUUGGUCUAGUAUUUAAAUCUAAAAAUGGUCAGUUGGGAGUCAUGUGGCUGCAGGGGGAGCUGUCAGGUUUAUUAUUAUUAUUAUUAUUACUGCCUGAUCCAGCAGAAGGAGGGCUGUGUCGCCCCCUAGUGGAGCGCUCGGACCAGGAAAAAAAAAAAAUCCUCCGGUCUUCCUCCUCUGGGAAUUUUAUAUGCAACCAGGAAAAAAAAAUACCACUGCCUCACAGCCACCUGGGAUAAAGCCACAUCUUCUAAUCAGCUGUUUUUUCGGUAGUGAGCCUUGGAACUACCUCUGUCCCAGCUCUCGGCCAUCCGGACGGCUCUGCCACCCCCUGCUCCCCCCUUCCUGAGGCCUUUCUCUGAGCUGACAGCAUCAGUUCUCAACUACAAGAAUAAACGCCACAAGCAAGCAAUACACGGCCUUGUUGCAGGUGCUCCCCCCUCCCUUACACACAAACGCGCAGUUGUUUAUUUCAGACUCCUCGGCCGCCGUAUUUAAUGAUGAUGGCGAGGACGAGGUGCUUGCUACGUCAGGGAGUAAACUCCUGCUAAAGACAACAGCUCCUCCAGGAAAACAAAACAAAAAACAAAAAAAACUUUUAAAUAGUCCUCACUGUGUGUUUUUUCACCCCUCCCACCCCCCUCCAGGUCGACAGUGUUACUACAUCACCCUGACUAAUCAUUAUCAAUCACACCGCCACUGUUGACUCCGCUUGCCUCGACGUUUGUGUACGCGCCAUCGGAGCGGUCGUGCUGUGUUAUGUGUACAUAUGCGUGCAUAUUAAGACUCCAUAAAAAGGAAAAGAAAAAAAAAAUCUGAGCACAAGUUUGGGUUUUUGAUUAAUUUAAUUGUUUUAUGUAAUUCUAUGCUGCAAUCCAAAGAAUAAACGUGUAUUAUAAUACGUUGA